AUGCCUUCAGAAUAAAGUUACAUCAGUUAAGAACAAGCGUUUGUUUCAAACAGAGGUGCAAUAUAUAAGAACGAUAAUUUUAAUGUGAUAAGGUUCAAUAUUAUUUAUAAAUAAAGAUAAUGGCUUCAAUUAAUAUUGAUAAAGAAAAUAAAAAUCCAGAAGAAUUUACCGAAGAACAUCCUUUGAAAGAAAAUGAUGAAAAAACAGAACCUGAACAGAAGAAAUCUUUUUGUGAAAACUGUGUUUAUGUUUUGAAGAAUAUAACGGUAGAACCAUGCAUAUUUCUGUUUAUCUCAUCAGCCAUGAUAACAAUGUUGACUACACAGAAUCUGAACUUGGAGAAAGCAUGUCGUGUGAACCUUAACUUUACAGACGAAAUUUGUGAUGCGCUGAAGGCACAACAAACUAGCAGUCAAAAUGACUAUGAAAGAGAAACACAAAAACUUCUUGCCUCCGCCAUGGCGUGGCGGACUUACCUGUCGGCAACUGUGCCCUGCCUCAUGGCUCUUUACAUAGGCUCAUGGUCCGACAUCACCGGACAUAGAAAAUUUUUCAUUAUGUUUCCAGUUUUUGGACAAUUGUUGAUUAAUCUCAACAACAUGAUCCAUGUUUACUUUUUUAAGCAGCUGAGGUUGGAAUAUUUAGUUUUAUCGGAAGCUAUACUUGAAGCCUUUACGGGGGGUUGGUGUGUCUGUUUCUUAUCCGUGUUUUCAUACAUAAGUGCUAUUACUACAGAAAAAACGAGAACGUAUAGAUUGGGGUUGAUAAAUUUUAGCAUGACUGUAGGUUUCCCCGUGGGAAUGGGGUUAAGCGGGAUUUUGAUUAAAAAUCUAGGAUAUUACGGCUGUUAUAGUAUUGCAGCGAGCUUCCAUUUGAUAAAUUUUCUAUACACUGUUUUCGCACUCAAGGAUCCGAAGAGAAAUAAAGAGCAGAAAAAGCACGACCGGCGAGGCGUAAGGCAUUUCUUUCGGACCUUUUUUGAUCUCACCAAUGUUAAAGACACCCUGCGGGUAGUAUUCAAGAAAGCUCCUAACAACAGAAGAAUACGGUUGUGCAUACUAUUGGCAGUAGUUGCAGUCCUUUUCGGACCCAUUUAUGGUGAAGUCGCUGUCUUGUACAUGUCAACGCGCUACCGUUUCAACUGGGAUGAAGUGGAUUUCAGCAUAUUCCAAACGUAUAACUUUAUCACGCACACAGUUGGUACGAUUUUCUCCAUUCUGGUGUUCAGCAAAUAUCUGAAAUGGCACGACUCUAUACUGGGUAUUAUAUCUACAGUCAGCAAAUUUGCCGCCUCCUUUGUGUAUUGUUUUGCGCCGAACGAGAAAGUAUUCUUUGCUGCACCUUUGGUUGAAAUUUUAAACGGCACAUCCCUGCUGGCUAUUAGAUCAAUAUUCUCUAAAUUGGUGGAACCAAAUGAAUUAGGCAAAGUCAACUCAUUGAUAGGGUUGACGGAGAAUUUGAUGCCGCUAGUGUACGUGCCGUUGUAUACGAAGGUUUACACGGCUACAAUGGAGGUGUUGCCCGGAGCCGUCUUCCUGAUGGGAGCUGGUAUGACAGUACCUGCCUUUUGUGUGUUCAUAUGGUUGUUGACGGAGCACAGAAAAAGCGUACGAAGGGCGAACACCGACGAUACAAUAGAAACACCAAAUUAAAUUUUAGUAUUUAGGCUAGUUCAGACAAUUAUCCAACCUGGUGGGAAUCAAUAGAGGCUCUUCAUAUCGACGCAGAAGUAUGUACGGCUGAUUUCAAUAAACGAUCUCAGUUUUAAUCUUCUAUCUGAUACCCAAAACAAACCAAUCAAAAUAAAUCAUUUGUAAGCAUAUAAGUUGCGCCAUAAAUUAUUUAUUUAAUAAACCUAACUUCGCAUUUCAGACCGCAUUAGUCAAAUUAGUUACUUUUGUUUCAAAUUUUAGUGACAUGACGCUUGCAAUUCCUUUGCGCAUCCCAUUCCCGCAAAUACCUUUGCAGCGAGCGAGAUCAAGAUCGUUGCGCUGGGAAAUGGUUCCGCCUGCUUCCGCGCACGGGCCAAGCACGGAGCGCUAAAUUCACUCGUUAGAGCGCCGGAUUAGAUAAUGUCGCUCGCAUAUUUUAUUAAAAAGUAUCAGUAUUUGAUGCUUGUUUUCCAAUAAAUGUUAAUGUGCACAUAAUAAAUGUAAGAGUGAAGGUUAGUUUGAGUAGUCGCCGCAAGCAGAUACACUAAGCCGUCAGCAUCAUACCCCUGAAACGCCGCAGCAGACUUCAUAAAGUACUGUGCAUCGAUCCUGAUUGAGUUGCCUUUUAUAUUAAUUUCCUUUCCCAGCUCUAGUCCCAUCUUUAGUGCGUUUUGUGUCAAUAAUUUUUUUACCGCAAAAACAACACACGACUUUAAUUACUUACUAGCACAUUCGCAUAUUGAAAAAACCUUAUUUUGAUUGGUUAAUUUUCGCGAUGGAUCGAAAAAUUGACUGGUAUUGUUUAUUGACAUUGGCGGUUAGUGGCGUUGACGGGAACAGGUUAAGAUGUGAGUAGUUGUACAAUCAGGCCUAUAGACGUACCUGGAGAGGAACAGGGCAGGCCCUGACCCCUCUCCUGCCUGUCUAUUUCUAUGUUCUUUUGCAUGUAAGUGUAUGUAUUCUUAAAGGAUUAGGACGACCAUUAUUAUAAGUAAAAAAAAUGCAGAAGUCAUCUUGCCGUGAUUGUUUACACUGUAAAAACUGCUUGCGGAAGCUCCAACCAAUAAGAUUGCAAAAAAUUGUAAAGUUAAAUUAACGGCAACAAGAUGAAGAUAAUAUUAUGUAUGUUCGUCUCCUACAACUAAUUGUAAAAAUUUAAAUCUCGCUAAUUCAUAAGAUUAACGUGAGUGACGGAGAAGCGAAUAAUUUACAGUGUAUAUAAAUGUAUUAUGAUUGUUAUUUUUUUUACUUUACUGUUAAAUACAAUUUUACCUUUCAGUUGCACGAAUGUUUAUUGCGAAUAUAAAGUAUUCUGCGGCCAAAGCAGGUUAAGGUACUAUGUUGUAAUUUAUUUUGUUAUCUAUGCGACUGAUGUCAUAUAAAAUUAUUAUAUUAGAGCUACUGAAUGUUAAACGAUCGAGUCCCUUUGUAAGUAUCCACGCACGGCGAAGUUAUUGCCAAAUGUUACUCUCUUGGUACCUGAUUGUUAUAAGUGUUAAAAUGUUCUAGAAUUUAUGUUAGUUAAAUUGUUAUUUUAGUUUAAUAGAACACUUUUACUGAGUGUUAAAUUAUUUUUAUUUUUAUAGUAAUAAAGGAAUAAGUACAUAAUGUUA